UACUCCAUUUAUCACUCCAUGGAGGACAAUUAUUAAAACAAUAACAAUGACAAUGGGAGAAUUAGAUAUAGAUUCAUUAUUACGACAGGAUAAUGAACUUAAUGCCCCUGAUAUACAGUAUCCAGUGGUUUCCUUUUUAUUAUUAAUUGUGUUUGUGAUUUUAAUGCCAAUUCUAUUCCUUAAUUUAUUGACCAGUUUAGCUGUUGGUGACACUGAAGAAAUACGAAAAUCAGCUGAUGCAUGUAGGCGCACUCUGAGGGUUGAGUUUACACUACCUGUUGAAGUAUUUCUAAGAAGCAUUAGAAGACGACUGCCAACAGUAAUGAAGUUAUGGAUAGAGAGUCUAGUCACUGUUCAACAAGAACAAAAAGUAACACCAAAUGAGGGAAAAGAAGGCAUAACACGUGCUAUCAGUAAGAUUCAAGAAUAUUUUGCAACUGAACCUGAGGAAAAUGUAGAUGAAGUAAAAUAUAAGAGCAACCCAUUAUCUGAGGAAGUGAAGGACCUACACAGUUCAGUAUCUGAAGUGAAGGACCUAUGCAGUUCAGUAUCUCAGGAGAUGAAAGACCUACAUAGUUCAGUAUCUGAGGAGGUGAAGGACCUACGCAGUUCAGUGUCUAAGGAGGUGAAGGACCUACGCAGUUCAAUGGAUCAGUUGUUAGCUAUUGUUAAAAGUAUGAAUGAAAGACGAGGAGGAGAAGUAAGAGGACUAGAGGAGCAAUAGAACUAAUGUUUGGGAAGGAAGAGGAAGGAGUUGAACUUUAACUUAGAUUUUAUUGUGUAGUACAUGUAUCUGGA